UUGGAUGUUGUGGUUCUGCUGAUACUCACACCUCUUAUUUCACCGAAUUCAUCUAAAGGGGGCGGGGGGGUUGGUUUCCAAGCAAUUGCGGAACCUCUUGGAUUAGCUGCGGUGAAGGCCAUUAUUGCAAUUACUGCCAUAAUUGCUGGAGGGCGCUUGGUUGGAAUGUCAAUUGAUCCAAAACUUUUUGUUUCAAAUUUUCCAGUAAUUAUGGAGACAUUACCUCUUUUAAUUGGUGGCAAGACUAUAUUGGUUGCUGUAGCAGGUAGACUUUUUGGUAUUUCAAUCAUAUCUGCAGUAAGAGUUGGUCUUCUAUUUGCUCCGGGUGGAGAGUUUGCAUUUGUGGCUUUUGGUGAAGCUGUUAAUCAGUUGAUAGGAAGGAAAUACCUUAAAGUUGAUACUCAAGACUCAAGAGGAACUGUCAAAGGCAAGUGCUUGGAUAGAAAAAAAAAUUACUUGCGUGGAUUUGGGAUUAGGCCACAACCCUCUUCCACAUUUGAUGCUGCGGCACGAGCUCGUGAUCAACAGAUGGAUGCAAUGAGAGCUGAGAUGGAGGCUCUUCAUAAGGAGCGGCAACGAGAUCAUGAAGAGCUGAUGAGGGACAGAGAGGAGGGCAAGAGUGAUCAUGAAGAGAUGAUGAGGGAGAGAGAGGAGUUGAUGAAACAAGCCGAAGAUGGGAAAAAAGCUCGGGAGACAGAAGUACAAUUCAAUCAUUUGAACAACAUGGUCUCACGGCUCACAAGCCUCUUGCAGCCUUGAGAUGGUCAUUCUACUAUUUGAUGGUUUUUGCCGUGGAAUUUUAGAUAAGGCUUUUUUUUUGUCAACGGAAGACAUUGGUUUUUGUCUACGGAUUACUAUUGUUUGUACAGAUAACUAUUUGUGCGGUACGGAUUACUUUUUUUGCGUGGUACAAUUUACUUUUUUCACGUGGUACAAAUUACUCAAAACUUGGCGUGGUACAUAUUACCUUUUCGCAUGAUAUUGUAGAUAUUACUUUUUUGUGUAUAGAGGAUAUGGUUUUUGUGUAAUCCUCUAUUUUAUAUGGAAUUUUAUUUUUGAGGUUGGAUUAUGAUUGGUUUGUAUGGAAAUCUAUUAUAUUUGGAAUUUGACAUUAAAUAUGAAUUUUUUGGAUAGUUGAAAGUGAAAUGUGUGCACACAUUGUGGAAUGAUAAUAUAAUCGGUAUAUGUAUUGUUUUGUUUAUAUACAGGGUACAUAUUGCAUUAAUGAUGGAAUAAAUACAGUUGGUUGCGAAAUUAAUAAAAAAAACACUAUAUAAAGUUUUUGGCAACUAAACAUUUAGUAGCCAAAAAAAGUAAAGU